AUGGAGAUGUGCUCUGGAAUGCUGCCCAGCCGUGACGCAACAGGCUCGGACAAGAUGGCCCUGAUCUUGAAGGAGGUGAAGGAGCUGGGAGGCUUCUGCCAGACGCUCCAGCAGCAAGUCCAGUCCCAAAGGCGGUCCCUCUGCUCAGCCGUUGCCUUGCACGAGUCUUCGGAACUGGAGGAUGAGCAGAGGGAAGACACCUCCAAGCGGAUGGAAGAUCUGUUAGAGCUUCAGCACGAGUUGCAGCUGCAAUACAAGUCAGCAGCGGAGGCGGUCCUUGGGCUGCGCCAGGAUGUUGCCCAACGGGCAAAGCAGGAGGAGCUCCUCCAGUCGGAGCUUCACAGCAAGGAGAAGCAAAUCCAGGAUGCUGAGGACUCUCUUGCGCGCAUUGCACCCCUACCGUUGCCAGACGAGGUGGAGGUUACACCG